AUGAAAAUAAUCCAAAUGAUUUUUAUAAAAGCGAAUAUGACCCCAAUAAAACAUCCCACCCCACAUUUUCUGGAAAUGAAACUAUUUAUUAACAUGAUCCAAAUGAUUUUUAUGAUAAUGGAUUAAGCUUAAGUAGAACACUCGACAACGAAUAAAUCAUGGAAACAAUUCCGGAAGAUUCUAUAGCAGAAUGUUUGGAUUUUUUCAAUGAAUUACCUAGAAAUUGUGUUGAAGGACAUAUGAGAGAUACUAGCAAUGAAUAUGAUCAUACUUAUAUUCACCACGAUUUGGAGACAGGCAACAUCAAAUUAGGGGAUUCAAUUGUGGAGUUUAAAGGUCCUGAUAGAGGGUUCAAAUAUAAAAACAUUAUUAAACCUAUUUUAGAGCAAAUGAAACAGCAAGAUAUAGAUAAACAAAAAGAACAUAGUCGUAAACUUAGAGUUGGUAGAGCAUCACAGCAGACAGAAAUAAGUAAAAAACAUACUGAAAAAAAUGGGUUUGGCAGAGCAUCGCCCACCUUGGUAACAUACAAUGAAAAACCAAUAGAGUACAUUUAUUGGGAUGACGUAAAUGAAUUGGUUGAAAGAUUAAAGUUAUUAGUAGCCUCCAAGCAUGCUGGCAACACAUCAAAUGAUAAUGAAAUUACAGCAAUUAUUAAUGAGCUGAAAGAAGCAGGUGUUAUAUAUUAA